GCCACCCUCCCCGCACGAUGCAGAAUUACAAAUACGACAAAGCGAUCGCCCCCGAGAGCAAGAACGGGGGCAGCCCUGCCCUGAACAAUAACCCCACCAAGAGCAACAGCAAGAAAGUGUUGCUGGUUUGCCUCGACCUCUGCUGCCUCUUCAUGGCUGGCCUACCAUUUCUGAUAAUUGAAACAAGCACAAUUGCGCCCUAUGAACGAGGAUUUUACUGUAACGAUGAGAGUAUCAGCUAUCCGUUGAAAAGUGGAGAGACCAUCAACGAUGCCGUCUUGUGUGCUGCAGGCAUUCUCAUAGCCAUACUUGCUAUCAUAAUAGGAGAGUUUUAUCGGAUCCACUGCUUGAAGGAGAAGUCCCGAUCCUUCAUCCAAAACCCAUAUGUGGCAGCUUUGUACAAACAAAUUGGUUGCUUUGUCUUUGGUUGUGCCAUCAGCCAGUCUUUCACAGACAUUGCAAAAGUCUCUGUUGGACGCUUGAGACCCAAUUUCCUGGCGGUUUGCAAUCCAAAUAUUACACUAACUAACUGCUCAAAAGGUUAUAUUGAAGUUUAUCGGUGCCUUAAUGCAGAUGAAAGCAAAGUCCAGGAAGCCAGGAAAUCUUUCUUCUCUGGCCAUGCCUCGUUCUCUCUCUACACCAUGCUUUAUUUGGUGCUGUAUCUUCAGGCCAGGUUCACCUGGAGAGGCGCCCGCCUUUUGCGUCCUCUGCUGCAGUUUACACUGCUUAUGAUGGCCUUUUACACAGGACUGUCUCGUGUGUCUGACCACAAACAUCAUCCAUCCGAUGUGCUGGCAGGCUUUGCACAAGGGGCCCUGGUGGCUUAUUGCAUAGUGUUUUAUGUGUCAGACCUCUUCAAACAGAAAACAAAGGUAUCUCUGCCUCCUCCUCCAAUCCGGAAGGAGAUCCUUUCACCUGUGGAUAUCAUUGACCGGAACAAUCAUCACAACAUGGUGUAAAUGAUUGACAAUUUUUUAAAAAAAACAUUGUUUUGUUUUUGCAAAAUGACUGCUGACAGCAAUUACCUGCUGCUCUCAAUCUCAUCAGACAGUAGAAUGUAGGGAGAGACUCUUACCUGACCAAUAAGGUCUUACUUGGUGGCCUUUGUAUUCUUACAUUUGCAUAAAAUGGGUGUUGUUUAACUAAGUCUAAGGCAAAAUGACAAAACAAUUCAAAACACGCAGGAAUUCUAAAUGUGCAAUUGGCUGAGUGUUCAUGUUGUAGUGAAUGCUGAAUUGUUCAUAGCUUAAUGAACACUAAAUGAUUCUAGGAAACUGGCCAUCUCUGCAUUUUUUCUCACUAUGAUGACUUCCAAUUCCUGUUG